AGAUACCAAGCAUAUUCACAGUAUAGCGCGUAUGGUUCAUUACCUUUACUUGACCUUGUUGAUAUCGCUGGUUCCCCUCUCAUCCUUAAGCCUUGGAGUUCUCCAUGUCUACAUCACCACCGUGCAGUUUGUUGAGUGCCUUCAGGGACUGAUCCCGAACCAAAAACAAUGGUCGACUGGACAAUUAUAAGAAGGUUAUUAUGCUAUCCUCACACAUGUUUCUUUAUAUUGGCCAAGGAAUUACAAGUGUCGUUAUGCCUUUUUCUGGCGCUCUAAUGAAGAAAUGGGCCAACACGAGAUGAAAGCAACUUCGGAUAAGGUUCGACGACUUCGUCUUGCCCUACGACUCGUGAUGCGGAGUCACG